GCGCACAACUCGCCCCGACAAUUGACCUCCGAUGUCACUUUGAAGCCUGGACGAGGGACCGCGCCUAUUGAUUUCACUCCAACAACAACUAUCGACCAAAGGUACAGCAUCGGGCAAACCGACCGAUCAAGAUGCGUACCUACGACGAUACCUUCAGCGGCACGAAGAUCUACCCGGGCAAGGGCAAACUCUAUGUCCGUGGUGACAGCAAGAUCUUCCGAUUCCAGAAUGGCAAGACCGAGUCCCUCUUCCUCCAGCGCAAGAACCCGCGCAGAAUAGCCUGGACCACCCUGUACCGAAGAAUGCACAAGAAGGGUAUCUCAGAGGAAGUCGCCAAGAAACGAACUCGCCGCACCGUCAAGCACCAGCGCGCCAUUGUUGGUGCCUCCCUGGACGUGAUCAAGGAGCGCCGAUCGCAGCGACCUGAGGCCCGUGCCGCCGCUCGCCAGGCAGCAAUCAAGGAGGCCAAGGAGAAGAAGGCCGCCGAGGAGAGCAAGAGGAAGGCAGAGAAGGCAAAGACCGCCGCCAACGCCGCUAGAGGCCAGGUCCGUGGUGGCAUUGCCAGCAAGCAGCAGGCCAAGGGUGCGCCCAGCAAGGUCCAAGCCAAGAGCAGAUAAAUCUCUGAUUCGGGUUGACAUAUCCUUGAUGUGGCUGUGUUUGUCGUGACGGAGGUGGCCUGUUGUUGGCCGUGCGGUCCCUAGAGAAACAUGGCAUUUUUUGCAUGUCGUGCGAUGGGCUGGAUGGCCGUGACGCUUUUCGCUCGGCUCGGGCAACCGAUGAGUGAGGCAGUUUACCGAAACAGCUUGCAACGACAAUACCGGGAAUGACAGGAAAGAAAAUAAAUUAAAUCGUGUCAAGCUACCAUCUCCCUGCGUGGCACGGCUUUUUGAUGGCCACUCGAGUGCUUAAGAGCGCGAGCUGGAAAACCAUUCGAUACAGUUGCAGGAAUUGAUGAAGUGAAAAUCC